AUGGCCCCAACACCAACUACACCAAAGAACAACAAGAAAACGAAAGACCUUAGCUCACCUUCUGCAGGUAGCGAGCAACGAGUCAUUGUUCUAACUCCUUCCACCUCAAAUUCAUCUGAUAGUUCUGCUAUGCCUUCACCUCCUCCUGUUCAAGACACAAAGAAGAACAAGAAGAACAAUCAACAAAAGAUAUCACCUGGCAAAGACUCAAACAACGCCAAGGUUGGUUCACAAGGUGCUUCUGCUCUCGCUUCUUCGAUGGAAUUGUUUGAGUCCAACCCAUCUGAAGAGGUUUCUGGUAAAAGAGCAAGAGUUGCUGAUGAACCAGAUGAUUGGUUUAAAAACCACGUCAUCGACUCUUACCAAAGAAUGUUUGGUGAGUCAUUGAAAGAAGAUUUGCCGUUGGAAGAAGCUGUUUCUCUUCUAUUCGAAACAGCCAAUGCUCCAUACGCUGACAACUUGGAAUUCAAGAAUAGAAUGGCUGCUCUUGAAUUGUUGUUCAGAAAAGAAGUAGACACUCCCAUUCCAGAUUCAUCUGGUAUAAAAGAUAUUAAAAGUAAAGGUUAUUCUUUACUUUUAACAAACUCUUUUAUCAUCUCUCAAAUCUGCAAGCGUUUGAGAGAGAGUGAUACCCUUGAUUUACCGCUUAUUCUUCAAGGAUUUGAAUUUAUUCAGAAUAUUUCUGAGUUAAAUCUAGUCUGUAUUCGAAUGGGCAUUAAAAAUGGCUUUGAAGCAGCUGAAAACUUCUCUAACAGCUACAAAUCAGGAGGUUCACUUGACCAAAUCACCUCCAAACAACAAGAGAAGGCGAUUAAAUCUGCUGAAAAAGUAAAAGCAGCAGAAACCAUUGAAAAAGUCAGCAAAUGGGCAAGCAGAACCCCUAAUUUUCAAUACAGAGAUAUUAACUUUAGAGAUGAGAAUGGAAGAUAUUUGGUUCACUAUUCAACCAAUUGUUUCAGUACAACAAUACAACAUUUGGGUUUAGAAUUGAAAGAUAAUAAUCAAACAAUGCCCAUCCAAACUUUUUACAAUAGUUAUCUUAUAGCUUUGGACCAUUUAGGACAUAUUGAGAAUAUGCCUAAAUUGAACUUUUUUUCAUAUACUGAUAAUUUUGGAAUGUGUAGAUAUUUAUAUUUAUUAAUGGGGUAUAACAUUAAUACUCACUUAUUGGUAACAGAAGCCAAUACAAUUGGAUUUGAUUACUCUUCAGGUGAACCUGAACUUGUAUCAUUGUGUACCCAUUAUUUGAACGGUCUUUAUCAUUUUUCUAUUGAGAAAAGCCCUUUACAACAAUUAAGAAAUAUCAAAUACUAUGGAUGUAUUGAUGGAGACGAUAUUUCACAUUAUGUUACGAGAUAUUAUUUGAGUUUAAUUAAGAAAAAUCCUAGAAGAUAUACAGACCAUUCAAUCCUCCAAGUCUUAAUUGCUCGAGGAUUGAAACUUGAUAUUGUAAGAAACUCGGAGGGACAAACAGCUUUCGAUUUAAUGGAUAAAUUCACAGGAACGCCCCGAAUGAUGGCACUUGUGAAAGAUUUGAAGAAAGUUUGUAGAAAGGGACGUUCCAACAAAUCUAAAGCAAUAUCAAAAUUUACCAUCAAUCACAACCAGAUUCCAAAAGAAAUAGUAAUUGAAGAAUCUGAAACAACACUUGUUGUUAAAUCACAAAAUGUUUUAUCUUUUCGUAUAAGAAUCAAAAGAAGUUUAACAUUUAACAAGUAUUAA